AUGAGUUCCAGACAUGUCAGAAGGCUCGCAAAAGACGACCUAGAGGCCACCCUUGCCAAGCUCACGGGGGACACGCAGCCCGCCAAGGGAACCAAGAAACCCCAGGCACUACCAAGCCAAGGGAACGUUUUCGCUCUGUUCGAUGCGCAGGAUGCUGAAGACGAGGAGGAGCAGGUAGACGCUGCGGACAAGUCAUCAGAUGUGGAGCAAGAGGCGAGAGCGCCCUCAGUACAGGGGGCCGCGUCCAAAAAGCGGAACCAAAGGAAGAAGAAGAAGAAGAAUCGGCAGAAGGCGAAGCCUGAGUCCGACCAAGAGUCGGAUGGCGACUUCGAAGAGAUCUUGCGUGAGUUUCAGCUAAAGGAUGCGAUGGCUUCCGGGCCGCAGGAGGCGUCACAGCGACUGCAGAGCGUUUCUUCCGACGACGAAUACGAUACAGCAUCGGAGUCCAGCUGGACCGAAGGGGAUAUAAGGAAGCAGGAGGUGAUGUGGGACCCAGCGUUCACGAAGUUUAGCGAUUUUACGGGGUUUGAUGAUGUAUUUGGGGGCAUCGAGUUCAAAAAUCUUUCUCCAGAUACAGAGUUCCGGGCGCUGUUCGGGGACUUAUCUCCAGAGUCCGUGCAGGACGUUGAUUCGAUGACCUCGACUCACGUUUCUCCACAGGUUCUGAAACAGAUCCAGCGCAUGAAACGACUUGUGCGGAACUGGGGCGGCAAAGACCGUAGAUCUGUUCCUAACGGCGGUGUUGUGCGUAGAUUGCAGUUUAGCAAAAUAAAAGAAGAUUGGCUACCGACACCUCGGGGUGAAUUCAUUAUGACUUCGCUGGAUAGGGCAGACCUACUGGAUUACGAGGCAUGGAAAAGCCCGGCAGACUGGGCCGACGUGCUUGAUGUUAACGUCACCAAGUGGCAGAAGCACUUCUCAUUCUACAAAUUUGAACCGUUGAGCGAAGAUAUACACAAGAAAGCCUUGACGGAAUUCUAUUUGAAUGUGAUCCUCCACCCGGACCACGAGGCACUUAUCAAUACCAUCUCGUCAAAGUAUCCUUAUCACGUCCCCGCCCUACUGCAAGUGGCCCUGAUACUUGUAAGGCAGGGCGACUCUUCUAAUAGUAACGGUCUAGUGGAAAGAGCGCUUUUCGUUUUUGAUCGGGCGAUUAAAAAUGGCAUUGUGUUUGAUGGGCGGCAGUGCCAACUGCCCUACAUCUAUUUUUACAACAGGCAGUUCUACUUGGCCAUCUUCAGGUAUCUGCAAAUAAUAUCGCAGCGGGGUGCAGUAGGGACUGCAAGUGCGUGGGCUAAAGUCUUAUGGUCGCUUUCGCCAUUGGAAGAUCCACUAGGCGUUCGUUAUUUCAUUGAUCACUACGUUUUACUGAAUAAAGAGUACAGUUACAUGUUGAAACUCUCUCGGUCGUCUCUUGUAACCGACUAUAGAGACUGGUAUACCUUAGGGAUAGCUCUUGGAUCUGUGGUGAGCCAUCUGCACGUCUCAGACAAAGAAAGCGCUCGGCGGGAAUUGGAACGCGCGUUCAAGUAUCACGCUGUUUCUCUUCAUGCUCUGUUCACUGAUGUGCUGCUUGGCUCUUCUGUCGUAGACCUGGCCGAGCACAUGACUCCUACCGUCGAGAUUGAAGUGAAGGCUUACUCCGUUCGCAUGAAGGCGAUAUGGUCAGACACAGCAUUGGCGUGGCUCCACGAUGAGAUCUCGAAUUUACUUAACCGGUACCACCGUGCAGGGGACAUAGAGGUAGUAAUGCCUCCGUCAAACAUACCGGGGAGCGGCAAUCACUUUUUCGUGGACGGUAUUCCAAUAGGAUUAUUAAGAUUUGCCAUUUUAUCCCAAGAAUCGACGGUCAUGGCUAAAAUUCCCGAACGCAUAUGGUCUUCCAACGAAGUGUUUGAAUUCGACGUUCUUCCACCCAAACCAACGACUAUAGAAUUUGAAGAUGUUGUUGAAACCAUUAACACAUUUGUUAAGGAUGAUUCUUUGCGCAUGGCGCAUUUAUCGGCCCUUCAAGAUGAAGAACUUCUUAACCAGGUGAGACAACUUUCCCUAGAACAAUUUUUGGAACAAAAUCCACAUACUGUCAUGGAAGAUGACUAG